CAUAAUUAUUUUUUUUUUCAUAGAAAUGAAACGAAUAAUGUGUAAAGCAGCUCUUACAAAAUUGUGCUUUGUAAUAUCUCUACUAUCAAACAACUGUGGAACAUCAGCUGCUUUAAAGUGGGACAAUAUCAUAUGUGAUUACAAUUAUUAUUUUGAUAAACAUAGUGACAGCUGUUUAGAGUGUCCAUUGGGAAGAUUUGGUUUGAACUGCAUACAACGAUGCACAUUAGGUUUCUAUGGCCGUCUUUGCACUAGUCCCUGCGGUUGUGAAGGGUACGUAUGCCAUUAUGUAAAUGGGUGUCCAAAAGGUGUAACACAUACCAGUAUUAUUUUCUCUAUAUCAUAAAUACAAAUUUGCUAAUUCAAAUUUGAAGAUUUUAUCUGUUUAAAGCAAUCCAAUAUAUGCCUCAUUUUUCUUCAUUUGAAAAUGACUAAUAAA